AUGUUUGCUUCGAUAACCGAGCUAGCUAGGCUGGAAGCAUAACACAUACGGUGUCGUGCAUGAGUGGUAUCGCUAGCGCUGCGGCUCCGGUACCUUUGCUUGUUUUCUUCGCUGUGUCCUCGCUAUAUCUUGGAUUGAUUAUACGGAAAUUACGUGUAGUAUAUUAUUUCAACGAGGCCCUGUGCAAGGAGACAGAGCUCUGUUGUGAAGCCAAAGAUUGGCUGUAAUUGUUUUCGAGGCGAAACUGAUCAUGGGGUUUGAUAUAGAUCGGUUUUCUGGCCCGGUGGACGAGGAUUUUAAAUGCAGCAUCUGUCUUGGUGUACUCGAGAAUCCCCUUGCUACACCGUGCGGCCACGUCUUCUGCUCAAAUUGCGUACUGCCGUGGGUCGUUCAAAACGGUAGCUGCCCGCUCAAGUGCGAAAAGUUCUCCACCAAGGAACUCAAUAGUGUCCUCCCAUUACGGAAUCUCAUCCUCAAGCUUGAAAUCCGCUGCGAUAACUUCCGCCGAGGCUGCCCUGAAGAAGUCAAGAUUCAGAUGCUUGCCCAACACAUGGAGGAUUGUGAUUUCGCUCCCGUCAAGUGCUCCAAUAAAGGAUGCCAGGAUGUGAUUAACAUCAAGGAUCAGGCCCAACAUGAAACUCAGACCUGUGAGUGGAGACCAGUUGGUCGUUGUGAGCAGGGAUGCAGUUUGGUGCUUCAGUUCAACACCCGAUCUGAGCAUGACUGCCUCAAGGCACUGCAAAACCACUCGGGUGCCCUGCAGACUAAGAUGAAGAACCAGGAACAUAAUUUGAAGAAGAAUUCUCUUAGAUAUGGAAAGAGAGAGAAAGCUCUUUUGGCACAGAUUGCCUGCCUUCAGAAUGAAAUUCAGAUGCAGGCAUUGCGAUACCAAAAGAAGCUGAAUGAAAACAAAGCCGAGAUGGAAUAUAUGUCAGCUGUUGCCUCAUUUGAAAAGCCAUGGGAAAAUACUACCAUACUCUCCCUUCGUCUGGGUCGCCAAGAUGGCAGCCUGGGAUUCAACAUCAUUGGCGGCAGCGGGAUAAGUCAGGGUGAUGGUGGUAUCUCGGAAGGAAUAAUUGUAUCAAGAGUGAAUGAGAAAGGUCCUGCAGACAGAUCACAGCUUCAGGUACAUGACAGGAUGAUUGAGGUGAGUCCAAUUAAAGGGAGUAUCAGGGAUUUUUUUACUGAUAUUCUGAAGUUUUAAACUUUAAAAU